GGGAUCAUGUUCACCAAGUGGGCCACAUACAGAGUGUUGUGAGAAUGAAGAAAUGACGAAAUUCUUCCAAAAUUCCAAAAUUCAAGCUUUGGAAAAGAUGCCUUUUAAUCAUGAAAUCAGACUAAGCAACGUGCCUGUAAACACUAAGAAGUCUGACUUAGAAAAUAUGCUAAAGUCCUUUGGGAAAAUAUCAGAUAUACGCUUGGAUGAAGAUGCCAGUACUGUGUAUGUAAACUAUUGUAAUGAGUCUGACACUGCAGCAGCAAUAACAAGAAUAGACGGAUACGAAUACAAUCAUUGUAUUCUGAAAGCAGAAUUGGUUUACAGAGGUGACAGAAUAAAAUACAAGGAGAAGCAAGCUUUCUCAACAGAUUUUCAAAAUGUCAAGACAAAGGCCAAAAGAGGCAAAAAACUGAAGAAGGUUAACAACACAUUGCAGCAUACAAGUGCCAUUGGGUUGUCAAAUAACAGCACAUUGGAGAAAACAGGGGCCAUUGAGUCGUUAAAUACCAGCACAGGGGAUCAGACAAGUGCCGUUGAGUCGUCAAAUCAAAGCAGAGUAAACCAGACAAGUGCCAUUGGGUUGUCAGAUAACAACACAAAGGACUCUACACAUGCCAUUGGGACCACAAGUAACCACACAGACGAGGACACAAGUGCCGUUUAAGACAUUUGUUAAUGUGGCAACAAAGCUGGGGGACCAAAAGACCAAAAGUAUAAUGAAGUUUACAGACAUUUCUUUUAUUUCAAUGCACUUUUUAAAAAGUUUAUGUGAAGGUUCCUGUGAUCUUGCCAG